CCGGAGAAGCAUCAUGCCGAGGAGGAAGCAGCAGGCGCCCCGGCGCGCAGCAGCCUACGUUUCAGAUGAGCUAAAGGCCGCCGCCCUGGUCGACGAAGAUCUAGACCCAGAGGAACACACGGCAGAUGGGGAACCGUCGGCCAAGUACAUGUGCCCGGAGAAGGAGCUCGGUAAGACCUGCGCCAGCUACCAGAACUCCCCGGCGGCCGAGUUCUCCAGCCACGACAUGGACAGCGAGUCCCACAUCAGUGAGACCAGCGACCGCAUGGCUGACUUCGAAAGCGGCUCCGUCAAGAACGAGGAGGAGACCAAGGAGGUCGCGGUCCCGCUGGAAGACACGACCGUGUCGGACAGCCUGGAGCAGAUGAAGGCCGUGUACAACAACUUCCUCUCCAACUCCUACUGGUCCAACCUCAACCUCAACCUGCACCAGCCGUCCUCGGACAAGAACAACGGCAGCAGCAGCAGCAGCAGCAGCAGCAGCAGCAGCUGCGGCAGCGGCAGCUUCGACUGGCACCAGAGCGCCAUGGCCAAGACCCUGCAGCAGGUGUCGCAGAGCCGCGUGCUGCCGGAGCCCAGCCUCUUCAGCACCGUGCAGCUGUACCGGCAGAGCAGCAAGCUCUACGGCUCCAUCUUCACGGGGGCCAGCAAGUUCCGCUGCAAGGACUGCAGCGCCGCCUACGACACCCUGGUGGAGCUCACCGUGCACAUGAACGAGACGGGGCAUUACCGCGACGACAACCACGAGACCGACAACAACAACCCCAAGCGCUGGUCCAAGCCCCGCAAACGCUCCCUGCUGGAGAUGGAGGGGAAGGAGGAUGCCCAGAAAGUCCUGAAGUGCAUGUACUGCGGCCACUCCUUCGAGUCCCUCCAGGACUUGAGCGUCCAUAUGAUCAAAACAAAACACUACCAAAAAGUGCCUCUGAAGGAACCCGUCACGCCCGUCGCCGCCAAAAUCAUCCCUGCCGCCCGGAAGAAGGCGUCGCUGGAGCUGGAGCUCCCCAGCUCCCCGGAUUCCACAGGCGGCACCCCCAAAGCCACCGUGGCGGACGCCAACGACGCGCUCCAGAAGAACUCCAACCCUUACAUCACGCCGAACAACCGGUACGGCCACCAGAACGGGGCCAGCUACGCCUGGCACUUCGAGGCCCGGAAGUCCCAGAUCCUGAAGUGCAUGGAGUGCGGCAGCUCCCACGACACGCUGCAGGAGCUCACGGCGCACAUGAUGGUCACCGGCCACUUCAUCAAGGUCACCAACUCGGCCAUGAAGAAGGGGAAGCCCAUCCUGGAGACGCCCGUCACGCCCACCAUCACCACCCUGCUGGACGAGAAGGUACAGUCCGUGCCCCUGGCGGCCACCACCUUCGCGUCCCCCUCCAGCACGCCUGCGAGCGUCUCCCCGAAACUGAACGUGGAGGUCAAGAAGGAAGUCGACAGGGACAAGGCCGUCACCGACGAGAAACCCAAGGAGAAGGAGAAGGCCAGUGAGGAAGAGGAGAAAUACGACAUCUCCUCCAAAUACCAUUAUUUGACUGAAAACGACCUCGAGGAGAGUCCCAAGGGCGGCCUGGACAUCCUGAAAUCCCUGGAAAACACAGUGACGUCCGCGAUCAACAAGGCCCAGAAUGGCACCCCCAGCUGGGGGGGCUACCCCAGCAUCCACGCCGCCUACCAGCUCCCCAACAUGAUGAAGCUGUCUCUGGGCUCGUCGGGGAAGAGCACGCCCCUGAAACCCAUGUUUGGGAACAGCGAGAUGGUGUUUCCCACAAAAAACCAGACCCUGGUGUCUCCUCCUAGCAGCCAGACCUCCCCCAUGCCCAAGACGAACUUCCAUGCCAUGGAGGAGCUGGUGAAGAAGGUCACGGAGAAGGUCGCCAAGGUGGAGGAGAAGAUGAAGGAGCCGGACGGCAAGCUCUCUCCGCCCAAGCGGGCCACCCCGUCCCCGUGCAGCAGCGAGGUCAGCGAGCCCGUCAAGAUGGAAGCGUCCAGCGACGGGGGCUUCAAAAGCCAGGAGGGCAGCCCCGGCCCGCCGCAGGACGGGUACAAGGAGGGGAGCCCCCUGGCAGAGCCGGUGGAGAACGGGAAGGAUCUGGCGAAGCCCCUGACCAGCGGCCUGAGCGGCAGCACGGCCAUCAUCACCGACCACCCACCCGAGCAGCCUUUCGUUAACCCCUUGAGCGCCCUGCAGUCGGUCAUGAACAUCCACCUGGGCAAGGCGGCCAAGCCCUCGCUGCCGGCCCUGGACCCCAUGAGCAUGCUUUUCAAGAUGAGCAACAACCUCGCCGAGAAGGCGGCGGUGGCCACCCCGCCGCCCCUGCAGUCCAAGAAGGCGGACCACCUCGACCGCUAUUUCUACCACGUCAGCAACGACCAGCCCAUAGACCUGACAAAAGGGAAGAGUGACAAAGGCUGCUCCUUGGGUUCAGUGCUUUUGUCACCCACGUCCACGGCCCCGGCAACCUCCUCAUCCACGGCGACGACGGCAAAGACAUCUGCGGUCGUGUCAUUCAUGUCAAACUCGCCGCUACGCGAGAAUGCCUUGUCAGAUAUAUCCGAUAUGCUGAAGAACUUGACAGAGAGCCACACGUCAAAAUCCUCCACUCCUUCCAGCAUCUCCGAGAAGUCUGACAUUGACGGGGCCACUCUGGAGGAGGCCGAGGAGGCGACGCCCGCGCAGAAGAGGAAGGGCCGCCAGUCAAACUGGAACCCCCAGCACCUGCUGAUCCUCCAGGCCCAGUUCGCCGCCAGCCUGCGGCAGACCUCGGAGGGGAAGUACAUCAUGUCCGACCUGAGCCCCCAGGAGCGGAUGCACAUCUCCAGGUUCACGGGGCUCUCCAUGACCACCAUCAGCCACUGGCUGGCCAACGUGAAGUACCAGCUGCGAAGGACAGGUGGAACAAAGUUCCUCAAAAACUUGGACACCGGCCACCCCGUGUUCUUUUGUAAUGACUGCGCGUCGCAGAUCAGGACUCCUUCCACGUACAUCAGCCACCUGGAGUCACACCUGGGCUUCCGGCUACGGGACUUAUCCAAACUGUCCACCGAACAGAUUAACAAUCAGAUAGCACAAACCAAGUCACCGUCAGAAAAGUUGGUGACGUCCUCCCCCGAGGAGGACCUGGGGACCUCCUAUCAGUGCAAACUUUGCAAUCGGACCUUUGCCAGCAAGCACGCGGUGAAACUCCACCUUAGCAAAACACACGGGAAGUCUCCGGAAGACCACCUCCUGUACGUCUCCGAGUUAGAGAAGCAGUAGCGUUUGCUUUCGACCGAAGCGACUGCGGUUUGCUUGGAGGGAAAGUGUGGCAGGCACCUUAGAGCCCCUCUGACUCGAUCUUGGCACAUGUUCUUACGUUAGCUGCGGAACAUCGUUCUGGGCCGGGCUGUUUUGUAUAACUGUACAGUGUUUACUAGAGGUGCAUAAUCAGCUGUUGUUACUGGUAAAAUAUGAAGGUUGAAAAUGCAGUGGUAAGUGUUUGGAACUUUGUGUAAAUGGGAUUUAGUUGUGGCGUCCUCGGACGUUCAAGCUGCAUGCGUUAACAGACGGUUUAAUUAAGCAUUUAUACCGAAACCAGGCACACGUUCUCCACGAGACUCCAGCGUGCCGGCGUUUCUCACCCUUUCAUCUUUAGCCCUCUGAGUACUUUGAAGCACUUUUGGUUAAAAAAUAAAAUAAAAAUAAUAAUAAUAAUGUAUGAA